CGAGGUAUUAAACUAAGGAUUACACUCAACUUCAAAUUUUAUCUUUUCUCAAGCACCGUAUAACACUGCAUCCUUCACUUAGUCAUACCAGACAUGAAACCCCCCUUUCUCACCGUGGCCAUCUACCAACCCCGUUACGGCAACUUCCAGCACUGGGCCCUCCAUCUCCACUCCAACACCGAGGACCUCAUCUUCGAAGUCGAUGGCGAGCAUCCCUAUUUCGAGAAGUUUGCAACCCGCGGCAUCCCCUCGGACAACUUGACCUUCAUCGAAUCCGUGUUUGUGUGCCAGAUCGGCAGCCCGGAUAUCCCGACCGUCAAGGCCGUCGUUGACGCCACGCUGGUGGAUAAUGAUACUCUCGAGUGGGACUGUCAGGACUACGUGCUGGAUAUUCUAGAGGGCUGCGAGGAAGAGGCCGUGUUGGAUGAAGAGGAUGCAGAUUAUGUAGAGGCGAUGGAGAUCCUGCGGAGUAGGCGGGGGCCAAUCCUUUAGUUGCUGAUAAGACGGGAGAUUUGCUACGGGAUGGAGUACAUCGAUAAGAAUGCCCAACGAACGGGUGAAUGGGGAUUGAAAGGCGACAGGUAUCAGUCGGAACUCCUCCCGACUCGGAUGCACGAGCCGAAAGUGUAUAUUAACAGGUUAUCUCUGGAUAGUGCUGUUCGCGUUCAUUGGUAUUCAUCAAAUCAUAAUCAUACGGAAUCACCGUCACAG